AUGGAACAUGGAAUCACUUUCAAUCUCAUACAAAGCAGUUGGUGGGAGAGGGUUCUUCAGCUUCAGCAUCCAGAGAAAAAGAGAAGGCAUAAGAUGAAUGAGGAUGAUGAUGAUAAGUCCCAUAAGGCAAUGGAGUGUUACAAAAUAGACUAG